AAACACAAGCAAACAGAGACACCUGUACACACAUACAGACAUGUACAUACACACACACACAGAAACAUGUACACACAUGCACAGAGACACAUGUACACACAGACAUGUAUACACACACAGGCACGUACAGACAUGCAUACACACAGAUACAUGUACACACAGACACGUGUACGUACAUACACACAAACACACCCACACAUGUACAUGCACACACACAGACACAUGUACACAUGCAUGUAUAUACACGCUGACACAUAUACAGAUACACACAUGUACAUACACACAGACAUAUGUACAUGCAUACACAGACACACACACACACACCACCCCCAUAAAAAGUUGCAGUACUUCGUUGUUCACUCACAGAGCCGGGUACUGCACUCUAGGGGGAGGCAGAGAG